CGUCCGCCUACAUCCAGAAACGGAGAAAAAUUGUUUGCAAAGGCGCUGAGAUGUAGGUAUCUAUAAAUAGACGAUGCAGAUGGAGAAUCCCAGGAAGUACUGAGUUAGGAUCUGCUUCUGUGAAGAAAAGGAGGAGGAAGAGCUUCGUUACAUGAAGAGAACCAGAGGAGCAAAAGUUAAGUCUCGAAGGAAAAACAUUUGGCCUAAGAGUUCGAUGACCCAGAUCCCGGCUCUGCAGACAACCAGGUGUUUGCUUUACUUCCUCCCCUCUGGCUGGAGAUGCUGUUUGGAGGUUGAGGUGGCUCUCAGGCUGCGUUGGUGACAGAAUGGGGGAGACCCGCCAUGUGGGACGACGGGACCUCACCUGCCUGCUGUGGAUUUAGGCUCCUCCACUGCUGCUGUCUGGGCCGGAGCAGGAGGGUCCAACCGGAGGCGUCCCGGCCGGAGGCGUUCCCUCACCCCCACAGACUCCCAGUGGAGGGCAGCCGCAUCGGACCAAACCGACCCUGCUCACAGAAGUUCAGCUCUGGUUUGGGGUCCCUGCCGCAGCUGGAGACCCCCGUGGUCCAGCUGGUCGUCAGCAACGCCAAAAACCAGCAGCAGCAGUCGGACAACAUCCUGCCGCAGAUCAACAACAAAGGAGGUCAAAACAACUACCAAACGGUCGAGAGGUCAAAGUCAACUCAGCAGUUCACGAUGCGUUACGGCGCAGCGACGGACAAGGCGGCCAUGUCGCGCAACGGGAAGGCGCUUGGAAACAAGAUGGAGAAGGAGCGAGCGUACGAAGGACAGCGGCUGCCCAUGUCGCCUGCAGAGGCGCUCAGUAACUUCCAGGAGCGGCUGACGGAGUUCGAGCAGCAGGAGGUCAGCGACUACGCCGAGGUCUGGUUCCUGGGUCUGGGCUCGCAGAAGAUCGAAGGUUCCCAGGGAGCGGCGCAGAACAACGGAUACGACGACGAACACGGGAGCUACGUCCGGGUGCUCCAUGACCACAUCGCGUACCGCUUUGAAGUUCUUGAAGUGAUCGGGAAAGGUUCGUUUGGCCAGGUCCUAAAAUGUCUGGACCACAAGAACAACGAACUCGUCGCCAUCAAGAUGAUUCGCAACAAGAAAAGAUUUCAUCACCAAGCUCUAGUGGAGCUGAAGAUUCUGGAGGUGAUAAAGAAGAAAGACAAAGAGAACCUGCACAACGUGAUCCACAUGAAGGAGCACUUUUACUUCCGGAACCACCUCUGCAUCUCCUUUGAGCUGCUCGGGGUGAACCUUUAUGAGCUGAUCAAAAAAAACAACUUCCAGGGCUUCAGCCUGGCGCUGAUCCGGCGCUUCGCCCACGCUCUGCUGCGCUGCCUGCAGAUGCUGCACCGGGAGAAGAUCAUCCACUGCGACCUCAAACCGGAGAACAUCCUUCUGUCUCAGCGAGGGCCGGGGAACAUCAAGGUGGUCGACUUCGGAUCGAGCUGCUACGAACAGCAAAGAGUGUACACCUACAUCCAGAGUCGCUUCUACCGCUCCCCAGAGGUCAUCCUGGGUCACCCCUACAGCAUGGCCAUCGACAUGUGGAGCCUGGGCUGCAUCCUGGCUGAGCUCUACACCGGCUACCCGCUGUUCCCCGGGGAGAGCGAGGUGGAGCAGAUCGCCUGCAUCAUGGAGGUUCUCGGGACGCCUCCAAAUGAUUUUGUCCAGUCGGCAUCAAGGAGGAAGUUAUUCUUUGACUCCAAAGGAAACCCGAGGAACAUCACUAACAGCAAAGGGAAGAAAAGGAAACCCGACUCCGUUGAGAUGUCAGCGGCGCUGAAAACCAACGAUCCGUUGUUCCUGGACUUCAUCCAGCGCUGCCUCGCUUGGGAUCCAACGAAGAGGAUGACUCCCGAUGAAGGGCUGCAGCACCAGUGGAUCCUGGAAGGAAACUUCAACAAAGUGAGAUCCAGAACCAAGCCGUCAGCGAAGAAAGUCGCGGAGAGCUGCAGCGGCGCAGACAGACAAGCAAACAGCAGGCCUGCAGAGAAGGUCGGCGCAGAACAUGGCAGCAAUGACAAGCUGAAGAGGGACGGCUCCGAGGCCGGAUCCAAGAUGGCGUCCGGUGAACGCCUGCGGCCGCUCGGCGCCUCAGCGGAGGAGGAAGUGUGUGAAAGUGAAGGCGGUGAGCGGCCGGUCCACAUCAUCAUCAAACCACAAGAAGAAAUGAGCAUAGAGCGCAAAGACGGCUAGCAGGCCGGGAGGGUCGUGAUGCGUUCAGGGCCACUGGGAAAUAUGGAUGUUCUGGUCCGGACUUACAGGAAGAAACCCUGAAUUCUGUGAAGUGGGUUUUUUCUACAUGAUGACAAAAACAUUAACAACGACGGACAUCUUCUGGUUUUGGUAGCUGGUCAAAUUUAUGUCAUCGAUUGAAUUUUAUAGAAGUCGUGAUUCAGUUUCAUGUCAUCACAUCUGAAACAUGAAACUUUAUUUGACAGGAUUAGAUUUACAGCAGCAUCUGGACCUGCCUGAUAUCAUUUCUGGAAUCAAAUCUUUGCUGUGCAUCAGAAAAAAAUAAAAACAAGCUUGACUUUUUAGCUACAGAAGAAUUAAAGCUGGAAAACGUAGAAAAUCUCCUGCAGCUUCUUGUUCAUUUCUCCUCAUGUUAGUGUGAAAAUGCUGAAAUAUUGAGUCCAAUAACGGCUGAGCCAAAUGAUUUUUAUCACAACAUCAGAGAAAUAUUUAUCAGAUACGUUUUAAUUGAUUAAGUUGUGUUAUUAUUUAUUGUGGAAUAGUUUGUGUUUCAUUGAACUAAACCCUGAAAUGUGGAUUUUUAAGAGACUCUAUUGUAUAUAUUUCUGCUGUCUUAUAAAUAUGUAAAACAGAGCAGAUUUUAAAAUUAGACAAGGUUCUACUUGUUGUGUUGUUACUGUAUGAUCACUUUGUAUGUCUGUUAUUCCUAAUAUUUUUAUAUUAGAAGCAAAAAGACAAUCCUCUUAUUGAUAGUUUGUGCCUUGCAGUAUUAGAGAUCCAGCACUUUAUUGUUGUUUUGUUGACAUUUCCUGUCCAGAUAUGAUUUGAGCCGUUCUCCCAGGAUCCCUUUUAUUUAACAAAAAGAUUCUCCAACUUUAUUGGUUGCAAAAAUUUAUUUAAACUGAUUUUAUUUGUUGUUUUUUUUUACAGAUCUAGCUUAUAGAAAAGCACAUGUCAUAAAAAUAUAUGGGCUAAAUAAUUUAAUCCUUAGAUGAUGUAUUGUAGCUGUAAAUACAAGAACUGAAAAGAAGUCAUUUCUAUGUAUUUUAUGCUGAAAUAAAUGUUGUUUAAAGAACA